AUUUUAUUUAACUGCAUUUAAAAAAUGGACGAAAGUGAUUUCGAUGUCACAGGAACACCUCCAGAAAUAAGUGUAGCGGCUUCAAGUGUGGUUACAAAUUUGUUGCCACCAAAAUCAAAAGAAAAAUACGAACUUUAUUUCAACGAAAUGGCAAAAACAAAACAACCAAGUACACUUUGGUCGCAAUAUUCUAUGCUAAAAAGUACUCUAAGUGUCAAAAAUAAUAUUAAUAUUAAUUCCUACCAAAAACUGAUCGCUUUUUUAAAACGAAAAUCCAAUGGAUUUAAAAGCAAAAAAUCAAACACUUUGACAGCACAGGAAGUGGAAAAGUUUCUUAAUGAAGCACCAGAUGAAACAUAUUUAUCAUUAAAAGUUGCUUUAAUAAUGGGAAUAAGUGGGGCUUGCAGAACGGACGAAUUGCUUAACAUAAUGAUAGGAGAUGUUGAAUCACAGGAAGAUAUUUUACUAAUUAAAAUUCCGAAUACGAAAACAAAUGUAAGUCGGUCAUUCACUAUUGAAGGCAAUUUUCGGGACAUCGUUGAAAAAUAUAAAAACUUACGCGUGCAAAAUACAUCUUCAACCCGUUUUUUCAAAAUUUUCGAAAUGGAAAAUGCACAUCACAGGUUAUUGGCAAAAAUAAAUUUGCUAACAUGCAAAAAACAAUUGCCGAAUUUUUAAAACUUGAGAAUCUAGAAAAAUACACUGGUCACACGUUCCGACGCAAAGGGAUACGUUGAAAAUUCAUUGAAUUAUAAAAGAACUACUGGACAGCAAUUUUUAAAUUUUGAAAAAUUUUCAAAUUCU